AUGACCAAGUCGGCCUCAACAUCGUCGCUGGACGAGAACGACAAAGAGAAGGUCAUUGGAUUAGUUGAUCCGCAAGCUGCCCAAGAGAAUCCCACAGAAUAUGCGCCAAUUAAAACCGAGAAGGACCUCGAAGCCGGUGAUAGCAGCCAGAGCACAAGAGGCGCUUUAUCAAGAUUACCAAGCUCCUACUCGGAAAUCAGCGACAAUGAGUCGGACGCAAAAAGCACAAUUCGAAAACGAAAGUGGUAUAAGAGGUUGAAUGUUUUGAAGAACAAUCCACCACCUGUGCCCAAGGAGCGGGGCGUGUGUCCAGAGUACAGAGCGUCUCUCUACAGUCGCCUCACCUGGCAAUGGAUGCAACCGUUGAUGAGAGUCGGCUAUAAGCGUCCCCUCGAGAAGAACGACAUAUGGACCGUCAACCCAGACAGAAGCGCCGAUGUAUUAGCAGCGAGGCUGGAAGCCGCCUUUAAGAGACGGCGAGCUGAGGGUGGACAGAAGCCUCUUCUUGGGGCACUCUUUGACACCUUCAAGUGGGAGUUCAUCAUUGGGGGCCUUUGUCAACUGAGCGCGUCAGUCAUUCAGUCGGUCGCCCCAUUUGUUCUCCGAUAUCUAAUCAGCUUCGCCGUCAGAGCGUAUGUUUCUCAACACACAGGCUCGCCCGCGCCGAACCUAGGGGAAGGGUUCGGUUUAGUCAUCACAAUUACAGUACUACAAUUCUUCCAGAGUUUGGCCACCAACCACUUCAUGUACCGCGGAAUGAUGAUUGGUGGAGAGGCGAGAGGUGUUCUCAUCGCUCUCAUCUUCAACAAAGCCAUGAAACUGUCAGGGAGAGCCAAGGCAGGCGGUCAAGCAAUCGCUGGAGCCCCACCUCCAGACAUCAAACCAGGGAGCGAGGCGGAGAAGCAAUGGUAUAAGCGACUACUAAAACGCAAAGCUAAGAAACAAGCACCAGCUGGCCUCGUAGGUGUGGCCGGUGAUGGGGAGGGAUGGGGCAAUGGACGAAUCGUCAACUUGAUGUCAACAGACACAUACCGCAUCGAUCAAGCCAGCGGCUUCUUCCACAUGAUAUGGACCGCUCCGAUCAGCAUCCUGCUUACAACCGCUCUACUUCUCGUCAAUCUAAAAUACAGCGCCCUCCCCGGUCUUGGCCUCAUCCUUCUUUCUAUGCCGCUGUUAGGUCGAGCUGUUAAGACACUUUUCCGCCGGAGAAUGGCUAUCAACAAGAUCACCGACCAACGUGUGAGCCUGACACAAGAAAUUUUGCAAGGUGUUCGCUUUGUCAAGUACUUUGGCUGGGAGACAAGCUUCCUUGAGCGCAUCCAGACCAUCAGGAAGAAGGAGAUUCAUGGCAUCCAGGUCCUGCUUACCAUCCGAAACGCUAUUAUGGCUGUUGGCAUGUCGAUGCCCGUCUUUGCGUCUAUGGUCUCAUUCAUCACUUAUUCGCAAGUCAACAGCAACCUUAACCCGGCGCCAAUCUUCUCGUCUCUUGCUCUGUUCAACUCGAUGCGUAUUCCGCUGAAUUUCCUCCCACUUGUUAUCGGCCAAGUCAUUGACGCAAAUGCGUCGAUCAGACGCAUUCAGGAGUUCCUUCUGGCAGAGGAGGCAGAGGACAGUGCGACAUGGGACUUCAACGCCAAGGACGCGGUAGUGAUGAAGAACGCAGACUUUACGUGGGAACGCCACCCGACACAAGACUCUGAGGAAAACCCGGCUAAGAAGGGUGGAGAAAAGAAGGACAAGAGAGCGAGUAUACAAGCCGCACAAGAAAGUAGCAACGCGGCAACUUCAGACGCCACAGCCGCAGAGGAAGAGAAGCCUUUCAGCAUCAAAGGCCUUAAUCUUACUUUUGGCAGAAACGAAUUGGUUGCGAUUAUCGGGACCGUUGGUUCCGGAAAAACCUCCCUACUUGCAGCGCUCGCAGGCGAUAUGCGAAGGACAAACGGCGAGGUCACUAUCGGUGCCUCUCGUGCUUUUUGCCCACAGUACGCCUGGAUUCAGAACACAACCGUACGCGAGAACAUUAUUUUUGGAAAGGAGUACAAGAAGAAAUGGUACGAUCAAGUCAUCGAUGCUUGUGCCCUUCGUCCGGACCUGGAUAUGCUCCCUCAUAGCGAUGCAACCGAGAUAGGAGAGCGUGGUAUCACUGUCUCCGGUGGGCAAAAGCAGCGCAUGAACAUUGCUCGAGCUAUCUAUUUCGACGCAGAUAUUGUUCUCAUGGAUGAUCCCCUCAGCGCAGUCGACGCCCAUGUUGGUCGCCACAUCAUGGACAAUGCGAUCUGCGGCUUGCUCAAGGACAAAUGCCGCAUUCUAGCUACUCACCAGCUCCACGUGCUGAGUCGGUGCGAUCGGAUCGUUUGGGUGGAAGAAGGACAGGUGCAAGCGGUUGAUACUUUUGACAAUCUGAUGGCUCACAACGAAGGCUUCCAGCAGCUUCUGAGUACUACUGCUAAGCAAGAAGAGCAUAUGGAGGAAGAAGAAGUGAACGAGGAUGAGGUGGAAGACGAAGUAAAGAGCACGAAGAAGCAGAGGAAGCAGAAAAAGCAGGCGGCGCUCAUGCAAGUCGAGGAGCGUGCGACAAAGAGCGUAUCCUGGACUGUCUGGAUCGAGUACAUCAAAGCAGGAGGUGGCAUAUGGGUCGGCCCGCUUGUGUUUAUCCUUCUCGUGCUGAGUCAAGGAGCCAAUAUCGUUACCUCGCUAUGGCUCUCGUACUGGACGUCCAACAAAUUCGGCUAUUCCGAAGGGUCGUAUAUCGGUGCUUAUGCUGCUUUUGGGUUUAGUCAAGCACUCCUCAUGUUCAUGUUUUCCUUUGCUGUUUCCGUCUUUGGAACAGAAGCUGGCAAGGUCAUGUUGCACCGCGCCAUCACCCGGGUCCUUCGUGCGCCCAUGUCCUUUUUCGACACCACUCCGCUUGGACGUAUUACGAAUCGCUUCAGCAAGGAUAUCGAUGUCAUGGACAACACUUUGACGGAAGCCAUGCGCAUGUACUUCUUGACGCUAGCUAUGAUCAUUUCGGUCUUCAUCCUCAUCAUCUCCUACUACUAUUACUACGCCAUUGCCCUUGGACCACUCUUCGUUUUCUUCAUGUUUUCAGCCGCCUUUUAUAGGUCCUCUGCCCGAGAAGUCAAGCGCCACGAGGCAGUGCUUCGCAGCACAGUGUUCGCCCGCUUUGGCGAGGCGGUCAUGGGCACCUCUACGAUCCGGGCAUACGGCCUACAAGAUCAGUUUUCUAGGUCUGUCCGGACAGCUGUCGACGACAUGAACAGCGCUUACUACCUCACCUUCGCAAACCAGCGGUGGCUGAGUGUGCGUCUAGACAUUGUCGGUAUUCUGUUGGUCUUUACAACUGGUGUCUUGGUCGUCACGAGCCGCUUCUCUGUCGACCCGAGUAUUGCUGGCUUGGUGCUUUCGUAUAUUCUUUCCAUUGUGCAGAUGAUCCAGUUCACUGUGCGUCAGCUCGCCGAGGUGGAGAACAACAUGAACUCGGCUGAGCGCAUCCACCAUUACGGAACUCAGUUGGAGGAGGAAGCACCUCUCCACAUGGGCGAAGUACGACCGACUUGGCCGGAGCACGGGGAGAUUGUGUUUGAGAAUGUGGAGAUGCGGUACCGCGCCGAACUACCUUUGGUGCUGAAGGGCUUGAGCAUGCACGUCCGGGCUGGUGAGCGUAUUGGUGUCGUUGGCCGAACGGGCGCGGGCAAGUCGUCCAUCAUGUCGGCGUUGUUCCGAUUGCAGGAGCUGUCUGGAGGAUCCAUUGUCAUUGACGGCGUGGAUACUGGCACGAUUGGUCUCCAUGACCUCCGCUCGAAGCUGGCCAUCAUUCCCCAGGACCCGACUCUAUUCAAGGGCACAAUCCGUUCGAACUUGGAUCCUUUCCACGAGCACUCGGAUUUGCAACUUUGGGGGGCGUUGCGACAAUCUGAUCUCGUGUCUAACGAGUCAACAAUGGAUGACCACUCUGGAAGAAUACACUUGGAUAGCGUGGUAGAAGAGGAAGGGCUAAACUUUUCACUCGGUCAGAGGCAGUUGCUCGCGCUUGCGAGAGCGCUCGUUCGCGGUUCCCAGAUCAUUGUUUGCGACGAAGCAACCAGCUCGGUCGAUUUUGAGACAGAUGCUAAGAUCCAGAAGACUAUAGUAGAGGGAUUCCGUGGCAAGACACUGCUCUGCAUCGCGCAUCGUCUCAAGACGAUUAUCAAUUACGACCGCAUCUGUGUCAUGGACGCGGGGCAGAUUGCGGAACUCGAUACCCCGCUGCACCUCUACGACCAGGGCGGCAUCUUCAAGGGCAUGUGCGAUCGGUCUGGAAUCCAGAGACAGGACUUGGUUGCGCAGAGCUAG